AUGUGGAGAAGACUCUCUACACAGCUCCGAACCCUUGCACCCGCCCGAUCUGUUUACAGACCUCAUCGAUUCAUCACCGGCACCGUCACAUCUUCUCCGUCACCGGCUACUUCAUCACUCCGGCACGUUGUUACUAUUUUUUCUCGCCGCUUUAGUUCCGAAUCAGGAGAAAAUGUUGUCUCGAAGAAGAAAGUUGAGGAUGUAAUGCCUAUUGCGACUGGACACGAGCGUGAGGAGCUUGAAGCUGAGGUUGAAGGGCGGAACAUUUUGGAUAUUGACCAUCCUGUAGGUCCUUUUGGUACAAAG